AUGUCGCACGUACCUACAGUGCACGUAUGGGCCACUCGACUUUCGACCGACGGUCAAGUGUACCCUCCACUGCUUCAGGAGCAGCGAUCUUCGCGGGUCACACGAGUAAUUGACGAUUCCAAGCGCCUUCUUUUCCUGUCCGUUCCACGGGCGACUUCGGAUGACGUUGAAUCUCUCAUCCGUCAAAAGGUGGCGGGUUUGAUAUCAAAGGGACUCUUGUGGAAUGGUCAACGUUAUACCUUUCUUGGAUUCACCGCUAAACACGUCAAGGAAGGCACACUAGUGCUCUUUCGCGAAGACGCCUCCUGGACUGCCUCUCAACUGCUCCAGGCACUCGGAAAUCUGGACACCGCCUGCGCGAGAAGUGGCUAUGGGAGGUUUGCCACUCGUCUCGAUUUAUCAUUCGCUUUCACAACGGACGCCCUGGACGUCCCAAAUGGCAGAGUGGCUCUGCUAGAUGAUCUGUAUAAUUCGAGCGAGUCUCUGUACACAAAGGACUGCGGCAUCAUCAGAGAUUCAAUCGCCAAGUGCAUCUGUGAAGACGUCCAAAUUUCCCCGGACACUUCAGUCUUUCAUGUACAACGCGGCGACUGGAGUGGUACACUUGUCCGCUACCCAGACGAAGACUUCACCCGGUUGUGCUCUGCUGGACAGAGGUUUACGGGCCAGGAUCGCGGUGGUGACGAUUACUGGAUUGCUUGUCGGCGUUCCGUAUACCUACACGAUAGCAGCAUGACUAUGUUGGAAAUUCUUGGCUAUUCUCGUCGGUCGGGGCCCUCACGAUUGACCGCGGAAACGAUCCUCAAGCUACUCACGCUAGGUACACCACCGAAGGUAUUCGAAGAACUGCUCACAGACGAUCUCAAUGCGAUCGCGAGUCUCCCUCGCAAUCGCGAACAGGCCUUGCGAUACGUGACAAAUGAGAUGGAAGCAUCGCCCUCUGUCUUCACCAGCGAACUACUCUCCCUACUGUUAGCAAAGCACGAUCUCCAGGAAUGCUACGUCAAGUGGAUGCUGAAGCUGUUCCAGCAUCAGCAGUACAAGACCCUACAGCAAAAUCUCAGCAUUCGCGUCGAGGAGUCUGCUCGGUUGUAUGGAGUCGUCGACGAAGAGGGGAUUCUUGGACAAGACGAGGUUUUCAUCAAUCUUCCCGAUGGAGAGGGUAUUUUGUCAGACCGACCUCUGUUGAUCGUAAGGUAUGCUAUACCUCAAUCGGCGUCUUAUAUGUGGUUGUUCAAAGCGGUGCGUUGCGAACGCCUGAGGCACCUCACCAAUUGUGUCGUCUUCUCGAAGAGAUCAAAGCACGCAAAACUGGGCUCUGUCGUAUCAGGAGCUCUGGACAAGCACCAGUACUUCGUGACUUGGAACACAAACCUUGUCAGCGCAACGCGGGCUACACCGAAUACCAGUCGAUCGCACAUGAGCAGCCAUCAGGACGCAGUCAAGUCAGAGGGUUCCAUUGUGGAUGUGAAGGCCGCAGCGCUGGAUGUGUUCAUGCUGCACAAGUACGGCCGACUGCCAGAAGACAUGAUGAAACAGUGGCAUCAUUAUGCACUUCGAUCUGAGAAGCUAGCACACAAUCCCCAUGCAGUCGCUUUGCAACCGUUGAUUCAGUGUGCUCUUGACGAUCUCCACGAUCCAGCCUUCACGCGAAUGCUCUGGGACAGAUUUCACGCUAUCCAGGCUGGACGCUCAGGCCAAUAUCUAGUAGCUCAAUUCACGGAUCCGCUUGAAACCCUGCGUCGACUAAUUCCGACGUGUGAGCCUCCGAAAAUCUCAAGCUAUACGUUGGAUCCUGUUCUGGACAUCAGAGGUCAUGACGAACACGCAUGGGAUGAUUCUUACAGAGAGGCAGCGAAUGUCUGUUGGAAGUUCAACCAAGAUCUUGAGGAGGCUGUGAAGCGCGAUGAGUUGGCUACGAGUGGUAAGUGA